AAUUGCCCUCUUCCUCCUUCCAUUGGCUGCCGGUCCCAGGGGCUCUCUUUUCAGCCGGGGCGCGCAGCGCCUCGGAUGCGGAUUGGUAGAAGGCGGGGCUGGGAGGCGGGUUAAAGAGCGCGUUGCUGGCUGGGCCACGCGUGCUUGAGAAGGUUCAAUGGCGUGGCAGGGACUAGCGGCCGAGUUCCUGCAGGUGCCGGCGGUGACGCGGGCUUACACCGCAGCCUGUGUCCUCACCACCGCGGCGGUGCUGGAGCUCCUCAGCCCGUUUCAACUCUACUUCAACCCGCACCUUGUGUUCCGGAAGUUCCAGGUCUGGAGACUCGUCACCAAUUUCCUCUUUUUUGGGCCCCUGGGAUUCAGCUUCUUCUUCAACAUACUCUUCGUGUUCCGCUACUGCCGCAUGCUGGAAGAGGGCUCCUUCCGCGGCCGCACGGCCGACUUCGUCUUCAUGUUUCUCUUCGGGGGCGUCCUGAUGACCAGCACCUUGACUCUGGCCCAGCUGCUGGGAUUCCUGGGCAGCCUGUUCUUCCUGGGCCAGGCCCUCAUGGCCAUGUUGGUGUACGUGUGGAGCCGCCGCAGCCCUCGGGUGAGGGUCAACUUCUUUGGCCUGUUCACUUUCCAGGCACCGUUCCUGCCUUGGGCGCUCAUGGGCUUCUCGCUGCUGCUGGGCAACUCCAUCCUCGUGGACCUGCUGGGGAUUGCCGUGGGCCACAUCUACUACUUCCUGGAGGAUGUCUUCCCCAACCAGCCUGGAGGCAAGAGGCUCCUGCUGACCCCUGGCUUCCUAAAGCUGCUUCUGGAUGCCCCUGCAGAAGACCCCAAUUACCUGCCCCUCCCUGAGGAACAGCCAGGACCCCAUCUGCCACCCCCGCAGCAGUGACCCCCACUGAGGGCCAGGCCUAAGAGGCUUCUGGCAGCUUGCAUCCUACCUGUGAUCCCUACUUGGGGCAGAAAAAACCCAUCCUAAAGGCUGGGUCCAUGCAAGGGCCCACCCGAAUAAACAGAAUGACCUGCAGUCUCUCGGCCCACAGCACUGGCUUCCCCACCUCACCCAGCCACAUCCUUCUCUGCCUGCCCCGUCCUCACUCAGUGUGGCCUCUCAGCCCAACUGUAGGUGGUAGGAUAGGGUGCCCAUAGAGGGCAAAGAAACUGCCCAUGGUUGCCCGGCUGAGCUUUGAGCUCACAGGUGACAGGCUCAGGGUUCUCAUCCUGGCCCUACCAGGGCUUUUGGGCAAGUCCUGCCCACCAUAGGCCUCUGCUCCGUGCCACCAGAUUUCGGCUGCUGGGGCCAGGACAGGCCUCUCCUAGACUGUGCCGAGCCAGCCUACAGAUAGAUGUUCCGGCCAGUGGUGCCUUCAGGCUGAUGCCGAUCUAGCCUCUCCUGUUCCUCAUCAGCCACCCUGACAGGGGACUUCAGAGCAGCAAGGCCCCAGCUGGCAGUAGCCUGACCAUCUGAACACAGCAGAGCCAGCGCGGCCCAGGGACAACAGGAGAGCUCACGGCACCUUUCUGAGGCCAAGCAAGGGGAGCAGGGUUAGGGCUGUUGCUGAAAGGCAGAGAGCCUCUGCCCUGAGCCUCACAGCCACUCUUCUCAGCUCUCUGGAUUUGGAAGGAGAACAGGCUGAGGGGAGCUGAGGUGCUACCAGAAGCCCCAUUCACCCUCACCCGCCCACCUGGGAAUCUGAGGCAGAGGAGGGCGAGGCCUGUGUGCCAGCCUUGUUCACAUGCCACCUUUGUCCCCCCAAGCCUCAGCCCCACUUCUGGCUCUCAUUAUUUUUAUGCUAAAACUUUGAAGAAAUUGAACAUGACCUGUUG